AUGAAGGAAUAUUUGAGAGCAUUUGAGGAAUCAAAACACACCAAACAACGAGAAUUCGAUGAUGCAGUUGAUGGUGGGGCCUAUUUUGGUGUUGAUCUGCCGUUCCCAGCCAGCGUGAAGAGAGGUAUCAGAGGCCCUAUGGAUCGAUUUGUUGCUAAUGAGUUAGAAGAUGGCAAAGUAGUCCCUCCAAGUGCAACGGCUAAAGAGCACUGUAGUCGAGUUUGUCUAGAUAUUGGGAGGUUCUUCUUUGAGAACUCAAUCCCAUUUAAUUGCGUUAGAAGUCCAUCAUUCAUUAGUAUGGUGCGCUCAAUUGGGGGUUACGGUCGAGGGUUGAAGCCUCCAUCAAUGCAUGAGAUGAGAACUUGGAUCCUCAAAGAAGAAGUAAAGACGACAUCUGCCAUUGUCGAUGAGAUCAAAGCAACUUGGAAGCACACGGGAGUUUCAUUGUUAUCGGAUGGUUGGUCAGACAUGAGAAAUAGAAGUUUGAUCAAUUUUCUCGUUAACAAUCAAUAUGGAACAAUGUUUUUGAAAACUGUGGAUGCAAGUGACGUUGUGAAAAAUGCCCAGAAAUUGUUUGAGUUACUUGAUGAAGUUGUUGAAGAAAUCGGAGAGGAUCAUGUUGUGCAGGUGAUAACAGAUAAUGUAGUCGCAUACAAAGCAGCCGGGCGUUUGUUAAUGGAAAAGAGGACUAGCUUAUACUGGACUCCGUGUGCAGCCCAUUGCAUUGAUCUAAUGCUUGAAAAGAUCGUGGAUUUUGAGCUUAACAAGAAAGUUGCUAAGAAAGAUCUUCUCAGACCAGCUGCCACUCGAUUCGCGACUGCCUAUCUUACAUUGGAGAGCAUGUAUGAGUUGAAACAGCCGCUGCAGCAUAUGUUCGUUUCGAGAGAUUGGAAAGGAUGUGCGUGGGCAAAAAAGGAUGAAGGAAAGGCUGUGAGAAAAAUUAUCAUGAGUGAUAAUUCAUUUUGGGCUAGUGUGGUUUACUCUAUUAAGACCACAAAGCCUCUUGUGGAUGUGUUGAGAGUGGUUGAUGGUGAAAGGGCACCGGCAAUGGGAUUUAUCUACGCUACUAUGGACGAAGCCAAAGAAAAGAUAGCCAAGAAUUUGAAUGACGAAGUAGUUGCCUACAAGGAGAUUUGGAAUAUCAUCGAUGAUAAGUGGGAGAAGCAAUUGCACCGUGACCUUCACACAACUGCUUAUUAUUUGAACCCGCAAUUUAGAUGGAGUGAGAAUGUUUCCGAGCAUGCGGAGAUUAAAAAGAGGUUGUUUAAUUGUAUGGAGAGGAUGAUCAAGGAUAACGACACUUAUUUGAAGGUCGAUGUCCAACUUGACGAGUACAAAAAUAAGAGAGGGUUAUUUGGCUCGAGAGCAUCUAUGUCAACAUACACAUCUCGUGCACCUGUUGAUUGGUGGGAACAUUUUGGAGAUGAAGUUCCCCAUCUCAAAGCAUUUGCAAAGAGAAUUCUUGGGCUUACUUGCUCGGCUUGUGAACGUAACUGGAGUACAUUCAAUCAAGUGCAUACAAAGAAAAGGAAUCGUCUAAGCACAUUGUUCCUCAACAAGUUAGUGUACAUUAUGUACAAUAAACGCUUGAAGCAUAAACAUUCGAAGAGGCAAUUAAGAAAGGAGAAGGACGAUCCUUUGGUUGUUGAAGACGUAGCUUCCGAUGAUGAGUGGAUAGCCAAUCCAAAUGACGAAAAUGAUAUUGAUGUUGAUGAUGCUAACUCUGAUGAUAUUGAGGCAGAUCAUAUGGAUGAGGGGACAAGUUCUUCCAUACCAAGAAAGAGAGGAAGAAAUGAAGUAUCAAAGAAAGGAAAAGGAAAAGAGGUUCAGCAUAGGAUGAGGACCUGGAUGAGGAUGAUGAAAGUGCAAGAGAUGAUUAUAAUUAAGUUGGAUUAUUAG